AUGGCACCUCGCGCCCCCAAAAAAGAUAAACAACCACCCACUCCAUCAGCCACCUCAUCAACAUUUCCAGCAGACUUCCCACCAGAAACACCAAAACGCUCACCUUCAAUGACAACCAUCGUCUUCGAAGCCAGCACCACCACUUCCUCUCCCGCAGUCCUCAAGCCCAAGAACGAAAAAGCUAAGGUUGUGAAGAAGACCGGAAAGGGAAAGGAGAAAGUCGUUGUGCCGGUGGAGAGUGAAGUGGAGAUGGAAAUGCCCGAAGCGCAGAUGGAGAUGGGGACAGAAGAGGAUGUAGGAGAAGCCAGCACAGCCACCUCAUCACCCGCCAAAGCCCCGGUUUUGAAUCCUAAGAACGAUAAAUCUAAAGUAACAAAGGCUGGAGGGGAGAAGAAGAGCAAAGUCACCAAGAAGGAAGCGGGAGAUACGAAGAAAGAUGGCAAGAAAGACGUGAAGGCUGUAAAGGAAGGGAAAGAUGUGAAAGAGAAAGUGGAAAAGGUGAAUGGUGAGGAAGCUGAGAAGUUGAUUCUGGAGUAUUUGAGGGAGCAGAAUAGACCGUAUGGUGCUACGGAUUUGAGUGCGAAUUUGAGGGGGAAGAUCACAAAAACAGUCGCAGAUAAACUCCUCAAAGAGAUGGAACAAAAUGGGGUGAUUAGGGGUAAAGCUACGAAUGGGGAUAAGAAGGGUAGUCAGUGGGUGUUUUGGUGUAUCCAGGACACCUCAACCCCCGUAACCCCAGAACAACUCGCCAACCUCGACACCGAGAUUCAAACUCUCCGCGAAACCACCCUCCCCUCCCUCCGUGCUCGCCUCAAGACCCUAACGCAAUCCCUACAAACCAUCCGUUCUUCGCCCGGAACAUCAGAAUUACGGGAACUUGUUAAGAAAUUGGAGGAGGAAAAUGAGGGGAAACGAGAUCGUGUUACUGAGUUACGGGGAUUAGUAGAGUCAGGGGAAGUCGCAACAACCGAACAGACGGCGCGAGUGGAGGAGGAGUAUAAAUACUGGAGUAGCAAGUUGUUGGCACGGAAAAGGUGUUUUAAGGAGGUAGAAGGGAUGUUGCUUGAGGGUAUGGGACGGGAGGAGCUUUGGGAGAGGGCUAGGAUUGAGGGGGUGUGA